AUGCGCUUUCCAACCCUGCUCGUCGCCUUCCCCUUCCUCGGCCUCGCGGUCGCAGACACGCUCCAAGUCCGUGUCUGGCCCGACGGCCAAAAGACGUGCUCCGGCGCGUCUAGGCAGACCAUCACCGUCGGUACCGUCGGCCACUGCUACGACACAGCCGAACAGUUCAACUCGCUGAAGACGCAAAACGUCGCGUCUAGCUUCUUCAACCGCGGCCUGCACGUCUAUGUCUACCAGAACAAAGGGUGCUCCGGCAACGUCGGCGGGCCUAUCGACCUUACGAAUGACGAUGUUUGUCGAAGGUGGGAGGGGAGGAGCUUCAAGGUUGAUACGAAAGCUUAG